CUCUAGCAAAGUGAGCCUUCAGUGGACAUUCGUUCGGUUUUCCUAUAAAGCUUACCCACAGAACCAGGCAGACCUAACCUCAAGUCGUCACCGUAUAAUCUCCUAUGGCUUACGCCAUUGUUGUGCUCGGGGCACUAGUUGCGUCGCUGGUACCUGCAAUCCUCCUACUCCUCUACAGACGCAACAGGUACUACUCAGCCUACAACCUGCCUCCCGGUAGCCUCGGCGUGCCGAUUAUCGGCAGAACCUUCUCCCUGCUCCGUGCAUUCCGCAGCAACACCGACGACCAAUGGUUCAGAGACCGGAUCAAGAAAUACGGCCCUGUCUCCAUCAUGUCGCUGCUGGGCUCGCCGACGGUCCUGCUGGCCGGGCCGGCGGCGAACCGGUUCAUAUUCAGCAACGACGGGCUCAUCUUGACGCAGACCACUGCGCUGAGAACCCUCGUCGGGCGGUCGGUGCUGACGCUCACCGGCGACGAGCUGAAGCAGGUCCGCGGCGCCCUGCAGGGAUACCUGAGGCCGGACAUGGUGAGGAGAUACGUGCGCAAGAUGGACGACGAGGUGAGGAGACACAUCGAGCUCAACUGGGUCGGUCGCGACUCUAUCACGGUCCUACCAACAGUGAGGAGACUUACACUUGGUAUCAUAUGUUCGAUUGUUCUGGGCCAAGAGGCAGCUCCUGUGAAAGAAGGCCUUUGCACAGAUUUCGUCACUCUUGGCAAGUCAAUCUUAUCAUUUCCAGUGAAGAUACCUCUCACUCGCUUCAGCAGAGGUAUGACAGCAAGUGCCAAGAUACGGAAGUCCAUUACAAACAUUGCCCGGAAGAGAGAAGAGUCACUACUGCAUGAAUGCAUUGGCACAUCUGAUAAUGACUUCAUCAGCUACAUGCUUAUUCUGCGCUCUCAAGGUGUCCACUCCCUCACUCUAGAAGACAUUGUGGACAAUGCAAUGGGACUUAUCGUUGGGGCGCACGAGACGUCCUCUGUUCUUAUAACCUUCAUGAUCCGGUAUCUUGCUAAUGAGACAGAGAUCCUUGACAAAGUUACUAAAGAGCAAGAUGAGAUUGCAAGCAAUAAAAAACUAGGGGAUGCUCUGACAUGGGAUGAUGUUGCAAAGAUGAAGUGUACAUGGAAAGUGGCGAUGGAGACACUGCGAACAGUUCCUCCUGUGUUUGGGAGCUUCCGAACAGCGACCAAAGACAUUGAAUAUCAAGGCUAUCAUAUCCCUAAAGGCUGGAAAGUCUUCGCAGCACAAAGCGUCACGCAUAUGGAUUCACAUUUCUUUCAUGAACCUAGCAAGUUUGACCCGUCUCGGUUUGAGAAACUUAUACCACCGUAUUGCUAUAUGCCAUUUGGUGGAGGUUCGAGAAUGUGUCCUGGGAAUGAAUUUGCAAGGGUAGAAACCAUGGUAGCCAUGCACUAUCUAGUGAGGCAAUUCAGGUGGAAAAUGACAUGUGAACAAGAAACCUACAUGAGGGACCCAAAGCCUACACCGGAUCUUGGACUUCCUGUCAAACUCAAGCCGAGAAUUCUCCCCAAAGACUGCUCAACAUUUAACUCUGAUUAAUAGCACGACAUAUAAUACUAUCGGGCUCAAUAUGAAUUCAAGGUCAAUCAUUCACAAUCUAAGUAUGUGUUACUCAUAAAAGUCAUUGUACUUCCUUUUUACGAUUUUGAGAAAUACUCUAUUGUUACUCACAUCUUUUUUUAUAGUGUAAAGGUGUAUCUCCGAUGUUGUAAAAAUUAAAUUGCGAAUAAAAUAUUGAAAGUGAAUUGUUCUCUAUUAAUA